AUGGAGGGUGUGCUGCCUGCGCCUGGAGUCCACAGCCAGCUAACCCUGGAGCAGCUAGGGGGCGCUCUGCUGCUGGCUUCUGAGCGCUUGACCCGCGUCCCAGGCCUCCCUCUGUUGUCCUGGGGGGCCCUGGUUUGCGUCGUGUGGCUGCUCUGGGUCCUGAGGAGACGGCAUAGUGUGCGCAGAGGGAAGGUGCCCGGCGGGAGGUGUCCUGCCCGCGAGGAGGUCUGUGGACGAAGGAGCCAGACAAGCGGCCCCCCCACGGCACCGGCCGACGGAGCCCCCGGACCGCCCGACGGGGAACCGGACGCCCCCGUGCCCCGCACCCCGUGCCUGUCGGCACUGAACGCACAGCCGAGCGCCUCCUCUCAUCAGGACACCGUGGACUUUGUGGAAAAGGCGCAGAAGAGCCGGGAACCUCAAAGCCCCCGAGUGACCGAUGACAGACCCGGCCUCAGAGCAUUCCAGAAGAGUGGGGAGCAGCCUCGCCCGAAAGCUGUGAGCGAUUUGAAUGAAAACGCUCUUGUUGCCGAGCGUCCAGGGCUGCUGGCCCAGGAACUUGCGAGAUGGAAGCAGAGGGUCCAGGAGGAGGAGGAGAAAGAGAGGCUGCGGGAGGUGAGCGCACGGAGGCAGCAGGAGCUGGAAGCCAAGGUCUGCCAGGCAGAGGCCCUGGCUAGGCAACUGCUGCGGGUCUUCCCGGUCCCCGAUCUCCUUGGGGGCUGUGGGGGUGACGGGGACGUCGAACCGGCUGGCUGUGCCCCGGGCCAGCAGCCAGAAGGUGUCCUGAAGAAGGUGGGCGCUGGCGGGGACUUGUGUGUGUCCCUCCCGGGGCCAGAGCCCCAACCCCAGGGAAAAGCCAGACAGGAGCUGGAAGAAAAGCGGCGCUUCGCGAGGCUCCUGAGGGAGACGGUGCGUCUGCAGCGGGAGAAGGCGGCCCUGAGAGCAGCGGCCUUCCAGCUGGAGCACGACGUGCAGCUGCUGAAGCACAAGCUGCAGGUGCUGCCGGGACAGCAUGCUCGGCUCUUGGCGGAGCUGCAGGAGAGGGAGCUGGAGGCGGAGACCCGCUGCCUGGAGCUGGAGAGGAGGUUGCCCGCCACGCUGGAGGACCUGGCUGCCCAGGAGGAGGCCCGUGGCAUCUACCGUGAGAUGGCCAAGCGCCUGGGCCAUGAGCUGGAGGUGAGCGUCACCCUCCAUCGCAAGGAGACCCUCUUCCGAGAGAGGAUGGUGUGGGAGAGCUGGAUGGCUGCCGAGCAGACCUGGAGGAAGUUCCAGGAGCUCAGGAGCGACAACGCGCACCUCAGGCAGGAGCUGGCUGCUGACCUGGCCCCCUCCCAGCCCUGCCCCUGGGGACCCGGAGCACCAGCCAAUGGGACAGGAGCAGGGUGGCUAUGCAGUGUCCGCUCCUCUGCCCUGAACUUGCGGACUGGACUUGGAGGGCUGACCCCGGGGCAGGCGCUCAGAGCAGGCACAGGACGCCAGACCACCCCCUUCCCUGCCGUGACACCAACACCUGACCUCUGUCGAGACCACGCGAGCAACACGCUGUCUCGCCAGCUUUCAGCCUGA